GUUGGUAGUAAGUCCGGUUAUAAAUUUUUCUCCCUUUCUUCUGUGGAUAAGCUGGAACAGAUCUAUGAAUGCAACCCAUCCUGGCUUGAAAAUGUAAAAAGUGGAACUGCACUUACGAUGCCUGACUGCUGAGUACCACCACAGCAGCACAGCGCCCUAUGGGGUGCAGGCUUUCUCUGCCGAUCCCAGGACUGAGACUGGCUCACUGCUGAGGCCCUGCAGCCAUCAGAAUGUUGUCCUGUACAUCAUCAGCCCGAGAAAAGAAGCGAACUUGGAAUCAGAAGUACACUUUCUACCAAAUCUUCUCAUUCUGGCACUGCCAUACAAUUUAAAAGUCAUAAAGUGGAACAUGCUGACACUGAAGAUGUGUGCAUUGUAGAAAGAUUGUUCUCCAGCAGCUUGGUGGCCAUUGUUAGCCUCAAAGCUCCCCGGAAGCUGAAGGUUUGCCACUUUAAGAAGGGCACUGAGAUCUGUAACUACAGCUACUCCAACACGAUCCUGGCUGUAAAGCUCAACAGGCAGAGACUCAUUGUGUGCCUGGAAGAAUCUCUCUACAUACACAACAUUCGGGAUAUGAAGGUACUGCACACCAUCAGGGAGACCCCCCCAAACCCUGCAGGCUUGUGUGCGCUGUCAAUAAACAACGACAACUGCUAUUUGGCGUACCCAGGGAGUGCCACCAUCGGAGAGGUGCAGGUCUUCGACACCAUUAAUUUGAGAGCUGCAAACAUGAUCCCAGCUCACGACAGUCCUUUAGCAGCGCUGGCUUUUGACGCGAGUGGAACCAAACUUGCCACUGCUUCCGAGAAGGGGACCGUGAUUAGGGUAUUUUCCAUUCCAGAGGGACAAAAACUCUUUGAGUUCCGGAGAGGAGUGAAGAGGUGUGUGAGCAUCUGCUCGCUGGCCUUCAGCAUGGACGGCAUGUUCCUCUCCGCGUCUAGCAACACUGAGACUGUGCACAUCUUCAAGCUUGAGACUGUGAAGGAGAAACCCCCUGAGGAGCCCACCACCUGGACUGGCUACUUCGGGAAGGUGCUCAUGGCGUCCACCAGCUACCUACCCUCACAAGUGACGGAGAUGUUCAACCAGGGCAGAGCCUUCGCCACCGUCCGCCUGCCCUUCUGUGGCCACAAGAACAUCUGCUCCUUAGCCACAAUUCAGAAGAUCCCCCGUUUACUGGUGGGCGCUUCGGAUGGCUACUUGUACAUGUACAACCUGGACCCUCAGGAGGGCGGUGAGUGUGCCCUGAUGCGACAGCACAGGCUGGAUGGCAGUAUGGAGACGACGACCAGUGAAAUCGUAGACUCUGCCUCUCACGACUGCCCGUUAGUAACACAGGCCUGUGGCGCGGCGAAAGGUGCUUACGUGCCCUCUUCCCCCACGAGGCUUGGGAAGGGGCAGGACGCAAACCUGGAAGCCUACACCGACGACCUGGGUGCCGUGGGCGGCAUGUGCCUGGAGGACGAGGCCAGCUCCCUGCGCCUGGACGAGGAUAGCGAGCACCCUCCCAUGAUCCUGAGGACAGACUAGUGGAGGACAGGCUCAGCAGGGGACUCUGCGUUGCUGCUAAGGACUUUGACCUGGACUGGGGAGAGAGUGGCCGAGACUUGGAAACCCGUAGUGCUAGUCUAACUCCAUACUUCCGAGAAGAUGCACCAUUUCACUGCAGCGGCUUUUAAUCCUGCUUAUGAAUUUUAACUCUUUGUUUUCUCUCUUUUUUUUCUUUCUUUUCUCUUUUUCUUUUCCUUUUUUUUUUUUGCCAAAGUUAAGGUGAAGCCCAAAGUCUUCUUGCUUUGCAUGGGUGAUGUGCUAAGCCAGCGCCCAGAAGCUGGCCGCCUGCGCAGCAGAGCCUGGUCCUCUGGCUUCGUGGCUACAUGUGGCGAUGGCACACUGGUUUGAUUGUCAAAGCUAUUUCUGCGGGGUGCUGGCACACGUCGGCCUUGGGCAGGAGUCCUCUUGCCCUGCACCCCCAUCUGGACCAUUUUCCUCCACUUUAUUUUGUUAAUUAAAUUCUCUCCAAAUUGGAUUAUUUGGGGAUUUUUCUGUGGUGGACUUCAUUUUUGACCUUGUUCUCCGAGUGGACACUGGGAGAGAGACAGGUUCUUUCUGUGCUGAAACUCGCUCCCUGACGGUCAGGGAGCUUGAACCCGUGCCUGGAGUACCUGGAGCCAAAGAGAGUGGUGUCCUGGGCCCUUAACCGCCUCUUCUCCUCCUCUGCUUUUCUGUUGAGUAACUGUGACUGUAGAAGGAGAGUUUGUCCCCAUGCCCAAGCAAGCACAAAAGUAACCCGCAGAGGGUGUCUUAGCAGGAGCCCUCCCCUAUCGGGCCAUGAGAGAUGAGGCACGAGGGGGCGGUGGCUGUGGGCACCCUUGCCAGGUCCGUGUGCCUUGUCUGCUGCAGUCCUAGAGCAUCCGUUCGGCCAAGCGAGAGAUCGUGGUCACAGGCUGCAGUAUUUACCGAGCUUUCCUUUUCAUUUACGUAGAAUUAAAACAAACUCAGACAACUCGAACUCAGCACUUCCAGCCAAGCACGGAGCAGUAGAAGUUUUGAGGUCUCAUGGCGUCGCCUAGGAAGAGCCUCAGAGUCACCAGAGCGGGGCCUGGACCUGUCCCUUAGAGUCACAAAGCCAGGCGAGUGCCUGUGGGAAGAGAUGGCCAGAGGCAAGCAGGACAAACUUGGGCACCUGGGCUGGGGACCAAAGAGAAGAGCGCGCUGGGACCUGUGUUAGAACGGGGCCUGUGCGGUGCCUGCUUGGCGGGCAGACUUGCGAGCAUCUGGGGCCCAGAUGUGCUUUGCCAGGAUGCUGUCAUCUUCCCUUGAGGUUGGUCACCCAGAGGACGUGGGGAACUCGCUGGCCUCCAUUUCCAGCCCUGGAACACGGGGCAGUUAGGGAGAAAGGCGGCCUGUCCCGAGACUGUCGCCCCAGCCUCCUGCAGGGGGAGGCCCCAGGGCUGGGCAGGCUUUUCCUCCCAGAUCUCAGAAAGCCCCAGGUGCCGUUGGAGACAGGACCGUGGAGCUCGAAAAAUACAGCUGUGUGUCCUUUGCUAGGCACUGGGAGAAGGUCAGGAGCCCCCUGCAUCACAGACAGGCCUUGGGCGUGGACAGGAGGGAUGGGGCCACAGACCACGCAGCAGUGGAGUUUUUUAUUGUAUUUUUCCAGAAAAAGAUGAUAGGCCCAGGGAUUGGGAACAAAACACAGAAACUUCUUUAAUAUACUUUUGUGAAUUAGGACCAAAUCUUGUGUUAUCUUUUUCUCAUUUUUCAGUUUGAGACAGGGUCUCACCGUGUACUUGAGGCUCGUCUUAGACUCACUGUAUAGCCCAGGCUGCCCUCAAACUCACAGCGAUCCUCCUGCCUCAGCAUCCUGAGGGCUGGGAUUACAGGGAUUUGCCCCCAUGCUGGGCUUCUUUUAUGUUUUCUAAAGCUGUGGAACAGAGUUGGAUUAAACGGGGAGUCAGCUGUACCAGCACCCAGCACGAGCUGCAGGGCUCCCAAGCUCAGGUCUGGUCUGUGGUAGGAACCUGUUCCCUCCCAGGCUUGUCACCAGCUACAGUGUGACUGUACCCAGAACAGUGCCUAGCUGAUGUGGGCAUCCAGUCACAUGAACAGUGAAGCACGUUGUGGGGCAGACACACAUUUUCAGAACUGAACCCCAGGCUGGGUGGGAAAGAGGUAGGUAUCUGUGUCGUCCACACUGGAGGUUGUGUGGGCGUCUGACUCCUGCCCUUCCUGCUCCUAAUGCUGCCUGUAGUGAGCACAUGUGAGUGGGCCUGGAUAUGGUGCCGUGGGAGUCCUGCACACCGUGCACUGCCUGUGGGCUGCACCAAGCUUUGGUCACCCAGUGCCACCCAAUGUGCUGUUCACCAUGAGGUCCCAGCCGCGGGCCUGCCCUCCCCCAGGCAUGCACACCUGGGGCCCAAGAUGGCUAAGACUGCCAGCAUCUCGCCACCUAGCCUGUCCUCAGAGCCGGGAGCCUGGGACGCUGCUCCUUGCCAGGAGGGCUGGUGACUUCUGACUUAGUUUCAGUGGAAAGACCAGAAGAGACUCCUGUGUCCCCACAGCUAGCAGAGGAAAGUGUAACUGUCGAGCAUGGGAAGUAUGUUCCUUCCUUGCUCCUUGCCAUGGUCAUUCGUGGUGCCAGCAUAAAGAUGCCCCCAUCCCCUUGGGUGCACAGUGACAGAUCGCUUGGUUCCAGUGCGCAUCGGCCCUGGUCAGGAGCUGAGUGCCCAGCUGUGUUAUUCCCGAGCAUGCUCUGUCCUUGCAUGGGAAGGAGGUGGUGGGCACGGGAGCCUGGGGUCUGCCCAGUCCCUUCUCCCUGCAGCACAGCACGAUGGCGAUGCCACGCAGGUCUUUCCAGCCCCCACUCGUUCUCCUCCAGCCUGUGCUGCGAGUCUGGGAGGCACAAACUGACCCUGAGCCGCCCUCGACAUAAGCAGGCCUUUCUCCUCCCCGGUGUCCGCCUGAGAACGGCUCUGAUUUGGAAAAACUAACCCUUCUUAAAGCUGAGAACAUAAGGGGACUGUUGUGAUUCUCCACACCUCUGAUUUCCCUCCUUAGAAAAAAAAUAAAGACACAAAACCCAAAAAAUCCGAAAA